AUGGAAGAACGUCUUACUGAUAAACAGUUGGAAUUUGGAGCGGGACAAAUCGAAUAUGUUGUUCAUUUCAGUAUUUUUAAAAAGUCUGGGCAACUCUUGGAUGAUCUGUUUGUGUCGAUGUCAUAUCGGAACUCGAAAGAUGGUGUUCUUAAUCAAUACGAGGGAAGUACUAAAGUGUUCCACACAUUAGAAGGUUUAACCAAGUUAACACAAAUUGUUGAUUGUAAAGAAACGACAAACGGUGGGUUUGCAGUGAAGUACGAGUACAGUGGAAUGGUUUUAGAAGUCUUUUUGCGACGAACCAAAAGUAGUGAAAUAGAGAAAAGAAAGGUCGCGGAGAUGAGAACUAAAAAAGAAGGCGAGAUAGAGUACAUUGACCCAGAACGAACUGAAAAAGAAAAACAAAUAACUGAUGUGAAGGAAAUGAAAGAGACCGAAACGAAAGAAUGCACACCAGAAGAAAAGAAUCAAAUAGUAGAAGAUAAAAUGGAUAUGAUUUUAUUUAAUUUGGGAUCGAUGCAAGAGGUCUUUGCCAAAAAAAUCGAUGAGACCACUCAUAUCAACAAUGACUCAAAAAAAGUGUUGGAAGAACUUAAAACGAUCAAAGAGGAAAAUGAAAAGUUAAAGAAAAAGAAAGAAGAAAAUUGGGAGGAAGAGAAACGUGAAAAAGUGUGGAAAAGUAAUGUGGAAGAAGAGUUGAAAAGGUUGUCACUUCGUAACGGGGAAAUUGAAGAAAUGUACAAAAAGCGGGAAGAGAAUAUGAAAAAGGAAAUAGAAACUUUGAAUGAAAGAUUGAAACAAAACACAAAAAAUCAACAACAAUCUCAAAUGAAAUGUGGGUGUAUGGACGAAAUAGCAAAUAUUAAAGAAAAACUAAAAGCAAUAGAAUCACUUAAAAUAGACAUGGAAGCAAUUCGAACAGAUCAACUUAGACAAAACAUCGAAAAUCAAAAAAAAAUCUCAGUUUUAAAAAAGGAAAUUGAGGGACUCAAACAAUCUCAACCCGCACAAGAAAAAGAACAAAAACCGGAAGAAAAUGUGAAAAUUGAAAUGAAAAGUUGUGAUUACGAGAAAGUGAUUGCAAAAAUCAACGAAGAGAUUGAGCAGAUCAAAAAGAACGUUGACGAGAUAAAAACAAAAGGCGAGGAAGAAGAUGAGAAAGAGAAGAAGCAGAACGAUGAGAUAGAAAAUAUUAAAAAGUUAAUUGAAACCGUCGAGGAAUCACAUCAAUCACAAAACGAAGGCAGUCAAACAGAUGUAACCGCAGAAAUGAAAACAAUCACUGAAAAAAUUGACGAAUUAGAAAAAGCGCUUAAUGUGAACAAAGAUAUAGACGAUAAAACUGAAAAUGAUGUAUCAGAACUCAAAAAUAAAAUAUCUGAGAUUGAGGAAAAGGAGAAUUCCACUCAAAUCGAAUUCCACAAGAAAGACAAAGAAUUUGAAGAGAUGAAAUCUGCUUUUAACAUGAUGUUUGAAACUCAAGAAAAACUCAAAAAUGAAUUGGAGAAGAAUAAAGAAGAUGACGAGAAGACAGAGAAUGAUUUAAAAGAACUCAAAGGGGAGAUUGAGAAGUUGAGAGAUGAGAAGCAGAAAGAGACAAAUGUUCAACACAUUGAAAAGAUUGAAAACGUCAACAACGAAACAGACCAAGAAAUUGAUAAGUUGCGGAACGAGAUCGAUGAAUUGAAAAGUGAGAUUGACAAACUCAAAACAGCUGCUGAGAAUAAAUCCGAAGAGAAAAAAGACGAGGUAGACCGAGAUCUUGUCGUAGAAAGAUUGAAACAACUUGAGAUUGCACUCUUAAAACAAAACGAAAAGAUUGAGAAAGAAAAAGUCAAAGAGAAAGGAGUGCUGCCACGUGUCGUCUAUUUAGAUGAUUUUAUGAGUGAGUUGUGUGUGUAUGUUGACGUCAAAGGAAUUAACGAGAAAGCUUUAGUGUUUGUUGAGAGGAAAAAUAAUAUAUUGGAGGUAUUUUGUGUUGUAGCAAAUGGUUCUGUAUUCAAAGCCAAAGUAGAGGAUGUUGAUAUAGCUGGAAUGAGUAGUGUGCUUGAGGUUGGAGAUUGGAAAUUACAGAACGACAUGAUUGAAUUUAAGAAUGUGAAUCACAAAUUUGAGAUGGAGAAAGAGAAGAAGUGUGAUGUGUGGCCACGUUUAGUACAUUUGUACCAUUACUUUGGAGAGAAGUACACCACUUUUCUGGACGUGCAAGAUCGCGGGGAGAGAACGAAAGACAUAGAAAUAAAAAUAAUUGGAGAAGAAAGGAAAGCAGACAAUGAAACGAGUUCGGAACUUGAACCGACGUCAUCCGAAGAUGAAAAGAAAUUGGAGAUUGUCGAGUCGAACGAGAUUCAAGAAAGUGAAGAGAAAGAAAAAAUGGAAGAAAAAGAAGUUCAACACGAGAAACAAGAAGUCCAAGUGGAGGUGAAAGUUGAAGAGAAAAAAGAAGAAAAAAAAGAAGAGAAACCCCAAAAUGUCUUUGUGUACUCAUCAGUCCCAACACAAUUCCAUUCAAGAAGAAUUCAACAACUUGGAAAGCUUGUGCCAAAUUGUAGAUUCACAGACUUCUGGAACGGAUAUGGAUGCGGACAAGUCCCUGAUAAAGUUAUAUUGUACUACGCAUAUGAAAAGGAAGGAGACUCAUAUAAAGAAGAUCUGGACGCAUUAAAGACGGUCUAUCCAAAUGCAAAGACUUUCGCUAUUGUGUUGACAUACCAGGAAUACUGUUUGAGACCUUUUGAGGUUGGAAAUGAUGAAAAUGUGUUUGUUAUUAAUGUCACGUCAAACGUGUUGGAAGAAGGAGAAACAACAAAGAAAUUUGCAGAGGAAUUAUCAAAAAAAUAA